GGAAGGAACUUGGACCACUCAAACCGCUUAAACAAGAGCUCAACAAAACUGGCGGUGUCGGAGACCUAGACAACAGACAUUUUCAACCGACAGAGACGCUUCUUCUCAGCUCUGAAUUCCUUCCACGACUUCUUUUCCAACUUCCUCACAUAGCCACCGUCAACAUGGCCAACCUCCCUCCCGUUUACAUCGUCUCUGCUGCGAGGACCCCCGUGGGCUCGUUCCUAGGCUCUCUAUCCAGCCUGAGUGCCACUCAGCUUGGUUCCCAUGCCAUCAAAGCUGCGGUGGAACGUGUUCCCCAGAUCAAGGCCAAAGACGUUGAGGAGGUUUUCUUCGGAAAUGUUCUCUCUGCCAAUCUUGGACAGGCUCCUGCUCGCCAGUGUGCCAUAGGCGCUGGCCUCUCCGAGGCCGUCGUUGCUACCACUGUGAACAAGGUCUGCGCCUCGGGCCUGAAGGCCAUCAUCCUCGGCGCCCAGACCAUCAUGACUGGCAACGCCUCCAUCGUCGUCGCCGGCGGUACCGAGUCCAUGUCCAACACCCCGCACUAUCUGCCCGUCCUGCGCAACGGUGCCAAGUAUGGCGACCAGACCCUCGUCGACGGCGUCCUGAAAGACGGUCUCACCGAUGCCUACGGCAAGAAGGAGCACAUGGGUCUGCAAGGCGAGCUGUGCGCUCAGGAGUACAGCAUCACCCGCGAGCAGCAGGACGACUACGCCAUCAACACCUACCAGCGCGCCCAGGCAGCCACCGAGGCUGGUGUCUUCACCACCGAGAUCGCCCCCAUCGAGGUCCCUGGCGGUCGCGGCAAGCCCGCCGUCAAGGUUGACCGCGACGACGAGGUGAAGAACCUCAACGUCGACAAGCUCCGUGCCAUGCGCCCUGCCUUCGUCCCCAAUGGCGGCACCAUCACCGCCCCCAACGCCGCCCCCAUCAACGACGGCGCCGCCGCCGUUGUCCUCAUGUCCGAGGCCAAGGUCAAGGAGCUCGGCGUCACCCCCCUGGCCAAGAUCCGCGGCUGGGCCGACGCCGCUCGCGAGCCCCAGCGCUUCACCAUCGCCCCGGCCCUCGCCAUCCCCAAGGCCAUCGCCCACGCCGGCCUAUCCGCCGACGACGUCGACUACUACGAGAUCAACGAGGCUUUCUCGGUGGUCGCCCUCGCCAACAUCAAGAUCCUCGGCCUCGACCCUGAAAAGGUCAACGUAUUCGGCGGCUCCGUUGCCAUUGGCCAUCCUCUUGGCUGCUCAGGCGCUCGCAUUGCCACCACUCUGACCACCGUCCUGCGUGAGAAGAAGGGCAAGAUCGGCGUCGCUGGAAUCUGCAACGGCGGCGGCGGUGCCUCCGCCCUUGUCAUUGAGAACCUGCAAUAAUUGGACUCCAUCAUCAGCACCAUUGCUUGGAGUAAAACAUUUGACAUGGGAUGGAACAUGACCGACCCCGCCACGUCAUUUAUUCAGCUCGUGGUAUUCCGGCAUUCUCGUCCAAUGCCUGGGCCGGACGGGG